ACCGAGCUGUACGGCUUUACAUUUAUUAUUAAAUACGUUUUACCGGUUAUUAAGGACAAAAUGGACCCCCAGACGCAGGAUGAAAGUGACCGGAACGAGCCAGAGAUUCAAGACGACGGGACAGAAGCCGCAAACAUUGACGACGAGGACGUGGAGGAACUACACACCAGUUUAAAGGAGGUAGUCCAAGACCCAAGUGUAAAGCCCAAAUUCCAGUGCCUGAUUGUGGACCCGUCUUUCUCCAUGGUGACGGUACAGAGUGAGGACAGUGGAAUUGUGUGGGAGACUGCAUCGAGCAGGUGUUCAACCCCAUGGGCAUCAGAGGCCAGCUCCCCAUCAGAUACCUACAGUCUGGAAGGUUCAGGAACACAGGGUAACAUAGUUAUCAUUAUGGAUGACGACAAGAUCAAGAGGAGGAAAAAAACUAGCAGCAGAGGGAAGUUUGGUGACAGGUUUCGCAGACCAGGUUCCAGAUUAUCUGGUGCUGCAAUAGGAGAGGAAAGACCUGCCAUGAUUGAAGUAUCCGUGCCCAAUAUACAACCUGAAAAUUCAGAAGAUGGCCAGUCAGCAGAAAGCAAAUCGGACAAUGAUCAAGAUCUAUUUAACCUAAUUUCUGAAGGUUUUGAAAUUCUUAAUAUUGUAGUACCAUCUAAACUUCCUACAGUGGACGAGGAGAACAGUUCUGAACUGGCAGACAAUUUGACCUACUUGGAGGAUACCCCAAAGAUCAAAACAAAAUGCAAGCAAAACACAGCUAUUAUCGGCAGCCACGAUGAUAUAAAUAUAGAAAUUCAGGAAAUAAAAGAUGAGAGUCAAAUGGACUUAUCUCAGGCCCCUUCUGAUGAGAAACCCAAGAAAGAAGAAACUGAUGUGGACUAUUUAGAGAAAUUUACACUGCUAGAUCAGCAUGUGCCAGGUAAUAAAUCUGAGGAGCUUGAAGUCAUGGAAGCUAUUCAGCAAGAAGAGCCACAGGUCCCUGAAGGCGAACAAAAAGUAAAUGGCACAGUGGAUGUGGAUUCCUUUGUUGUUGUCAGUGAGGUUGAAUCUAGCAGUGAUCAUCUUGAUGAAGUGUUUUAUGGAACAAGUUGCGAUGCAGAACCGGAACGUCACUGUAACCAUAAAGACGAUGAGGAGCAUACAAGUGGGAGCACUAAAACUCUCAAAGUGUGUGGUUCAACUUUGUUCGGCAGUCAGGAAAACAUUCUUACUCCUAUUUUUCUUCCUUCUGGGCCACCUAAGAUUAUAGAUCAGGAUCUACUUGAUGAACCAAGAGCAAUGUCAUUUCAUUAUUCAGACCUUUAUGAAGAUGCUGUUGGAGACAGAAAAAAGGAUGAUGAUUUCUCAGAUAGAGAAAGUGUUGUUUCAGAAAAGUCGUUUAAAAGACGAUUUUCCGAUUCGGAUGAUGGAGAUGGCUACCUAGAAAAAUUUAUUUUGAAAGAUGACACUCCAGUGGUUAAGGAUGUACCAAAAGUAGAUAUUCCAGAUAGUGGUAGAGUGAUAUGGCCACAAAAUAAAUUUGAAAUGACUGGAUGUUUAAUUCGUGCUCCGGAAGAAAACGAGUCUGAAGUAGAGAAUGUUGACAAGUUAGAGAGCCAGAGUGACACAAAAGCCCAAACCCAAUCUCCAGAUUCUUUAAAAGAUGGUGAAGGUUGUGAAGGACAGAAAACUGGCUGUGAAACAGUUCAACGUGUUUCAGAUGAAUGUGGUACAAAGACUGGUUGUGCAGUUGUAGACAUUGUUUCACAUGAUAAACCUCCUAAAAAAAUAGAUGAGGUGUUCGAACCAGUAAAUCAAGAAACAUCUAAGUCUGUUUUAAUAGAGGAUAGAAAGCAAAGUGAAGUAAAUGAAUUAAAAUGUGUGGACAGUAAGGAUGUACAAGUUAGUAAACUGAAAAAUGAAAUUGGUGUCCCAGAUCUAUCACAGCAAAAUGUCAAAACUAAAAUGACAAGUAGUGUACCUAUUCCGAACAGCUUAAAGGAAACGCAUGAGGGCUUAGAAAGCACAGCUAAAAUGAAAGAAAACAUUAUUUCUACUGAGGAACUGUUAAACAAAGGGCAAAAACUUGACACUAAGACACAAGAAAAAUAUAAAAGUGAUUUAGUAGAAUCAGGCUUAGAAAGCACAGCUAGAAUGAAAGAGAACAUUGUUAUUUCCAAUGAGGAAAUGUUAAACAAAGGGCAAAAACUUGACACUGAGACACAAGAAAAACGUAAAACUGAUUUAGUAGAAAAGAAAGAUGUUACAGACAUGCCAGCACUGACCAACAAAGAUGAAGAAACAGAAAUUGCACGUUCACAAGAACUCAUUCAACAAGAACUAUGUGUAGGUGAAAAAGAAUAUGCAAUUGUAGCAGAACAAAACAAGGAGACCAAGCCACCAGGUGAAAAAGAAAUAAUUUCUGAACCUAAAUGUCAAAAACAAGUUAGUGCAGCAUUACCAGAAAAUAAAUCUGAACUUAUCAGAAGUCAGGACAAACCAGCUUGCUUGGAAAAAAAUGUGAGAGAUGCUGUAGGUCAGACAGUUGUACCUGAAUGUGAGAAUCAGGAGCAGGUAACUGACAAAAUUGCAGAGCUAGAUGUGAAAGAACAGGCUAUAACAGAAAGAAAAGGGACAGACCUUGAAGUUAAAAAUCAACUGGAAACUUUAAGUGAACAGAAAGCUUUGGAAGGACUAACUGUAAGUGAAGUGGAGCCUAUUAGUACAGAAGCCAUAGAAAAGACAGAAUGUGAGUUACAUGCGAUGCCACUAAUGAUGAGCAAGGUUCCGUCUGUGCAAAGUGUUACAACACAGAAAGUAGAUAUAUUAACCUCAGCUGUAGAAAGUCUGAAUAAUGAAGUUCCACAGGUCCUUACACCUGAGAAGAAAGACCUAGGUCAUGAGCUAGGAAAAGUGGAAAAAGACUCUGGGCAGAAAGAGAAUAUGCCUCCGAGUGAUAAUAAGAUUGGACAGAACAGUGGUGAAAAGGUGGCUAUUAUUCCCCCAGUAAAGUUUAAAGUAACUGUGCCACAAACUGUACCUAAAGAGGUGGCUCAUACAGAAGAAGACAGUGGGUUAGGAAAGGAAGCAAAAAAUGCCAAUCAAAAGGAGAGUGCUGGCAAAGUCUCUGAGCAUGUAUACCCUGUUGCUGCAGUUGAAGUCUUUAAAAUGCCAGUAGACAGUAUAGAAGGAAAAAGUAAUAAUACCUCUGCAAACGUGCUUUUAAAGGAUACGCAAGAAGAAAACAUAUGGAGAACUCUCGAGUCAAAAACUCCUUCCCCUCCUGUGGAAAUAGAGGACUCUACAAUGAGAGUUUCACCUUUAGAACUAAUGGAAUCCACUAGAGAAGAUGACAACCUUAUUGAAGAUGAAAGGAUCGAAAGGGGUAGAGGCCUUUUGUCAACAUUAAGAAGUUUCAGCCCUCAAGAAGACCUUUCAGGGUUGGAUCAUGAUGCAGCAGAGCUUGAUUUACAAAAAGAGCUUUCAGAGGAUCUUGGAUUUGAAAUAGUCUCUGAGCAAGAUGUAAUACAGCUAGAAACAGAGGUAAGAAGCCAGGAACAUGGCAAAGAUCAAUCUACAGAGCUGACGACUGAAGCAGACUACGAGUUCAUUGAGGAAUGGGAUGGUGCGCAAGUUUCAGAGCUUGAUCAGUUCAAGGAAGAUGGAGAAAUUCAACCUAUGGAUGCAUUCUGUGUUGACUGCCAGUGUCCAGUAUUAAUAAGCAAUGGUGGACAUGAAAAUCAUAAAGUGUCAACCUUGGAGAAAGCAUUUGAGGACAUGAAGGAUCAGCUAAGUAACUGGAUAUCAGAUUUACAAGAGAGAUCAGAAACAUUUGAAGACAUGGUAUCAGAACUUGAGCUGGCCUAUAACUCUGUGGAGGAGCAAUGCAAGGACUGUGAAAAAGCAAUGGAUGAGCAGAACGAGGAGAUGCUGCAGCUUGUGAUGGACAGGUAUAAUGAGAUGUCCCUGACUAUGGAGGAGGAAAAGAAGACCAAGCUUGAGCAGCUGUAUGACCAAAUUGUGUCUUUCCAAGAGAAUGUUGACUCAGCUAAAGAGACAUUAGAGAACACAGGAAAGGACAUGGAAGAGACAGAUGACUUAAUGCUUGUGUCUUCAUACAAAGACAUUGAUAUAAGGUUAAAAACAGCAUUAGAAUCCACCAUGUCACUAGAGCUUGGCCCUCGAGGUCUACUUGUGUUUGAAGAUUAUGCUAAGGGCACCACAGGGAAUGGGAAGAAAAAUCGUCAGGUUAUUCCAGUGCCUCAGCAGCCCCAUCUUCUGACACAGGAACCUAAUUCUGCCACAAGUACCUCUGUCACAGUGUACUGGACAGUCAAUGAAGGAGACAUCAUUGAUUGUUUUCAGGUCUACUGCAUGGAGGAACCUCAAGGAGCCAUUGCAGAGGAGUACAGAGUGACAGUGAAGGAGAGUUUCUGUAAUCUGGAAGAACUGGAGCCUGAUAAAUGUUAUAAGGUCUGGGUGAUGGCAUUAAAUUACACUGGUUGCAGCCUUCCCAGUGAAAAAGUGACUUUCAGAACAGCCCCAUCUGUUCCAGUGAUUAACCCAGAAGCAUGCACUGUAUUGUGGGAUUCUGCUACCAUCCGCUGGAACUUGGCUGAGGCCAGUGCUGCAGAAAGCUUUACUUUAGAGUACUGUCGCCAGUACGCCAUGGAGGGAGAAGGCCUCAGGUCUGUGUCUGGAAUAAAAUCCAAUGAGCACACAGUCCUCCUCCAGCCCAAUGAGAACUUCCUCUUUUACAUCAAAUCAGUAAAUGCUGAAGGAUCCAGCGAGCAGAGUGAGGCAGCUCUUAUCUCUACCAGAGGUACGAGAUUCCACUUGCUGAGUGAAACUGCAAACAGGAUGCUUCAGGUUUCGAAUGACAAAAACUCAGUGCUGUAUCCUGUGGAAACCUACAAUGAGAUAUCAGCACAUAUGGAAAGUCCUGCAGUAAUGGGAGAGCUUUUGCCCUGUGUCGGAUAUCACUACUGGGAGACAGUGGUGGCUGCGUGUAAAGCUUACCGCAUCGGCAUUGCUUAUCAGACAGCACCACAAGAAAGCACAGUUGGUGACAACAACGCCUCUUGGUGUUUACACUGUGUGCCAACAUCAAUCAGUUGUAGGUUUGAGCUGCUCCACGACAAUGUGGAAUCAGACAUCUUUGUGACGGAUGUUCCUGCUCGCAUUGGCACUCUUCUGGACUUUACACAGGGCCGUCUGGUUUUCUUUAAUGCCCAGAAUGGACAGUGUCUGGGCUCCUUUCAUCACGCCUUUAAUCAGCCCUGCUCUCCAGUGUUUGCCCUGGAGAGACCUGGCAACCUGAAGCUUAAGAUGACUACAGAGGUUCCAGAAUGGUAAGCACUGGUAGUGCACAUUUUGACCC